CGCCGAGGAGGAGGCGCAGUCCGUCCCUCUCAGGGUUAGUGAAUGAGGCUCUCCGCCCGGGCCGGCCCGGGGACUCUGCGCUGCGGGUCCCAAGCAUGAGUGCGGGCCCCGGCUGUGAGCCCUGCACCAAGCGACCCCGCUGGGGCGCCGCUGCAACUUCUCCGCCGGCCGCCUCGGACGCCCGGAGCUUCCCCAGCAGGCAGAGGCGCGUCCUCGAUUCCAAGGACGCUCCCGUGCAGUUCAGGGUCCCACCGUCCUCGUCAGGCUGCGUCCCGGGGCGGGCGGGACCGCACAGAGGCAGCUCCACCUCGCUUGUUUUCAAACAAAAGACUAUUACCAGUUGGAUGGACACUAAAGGAAUCAAGACAACUGAAUCAGAAAGUUUGCAUAGUAAAGAAAACAACAAUACAAGAGUAGAAUCCAUGAUGAGUUCUGUACAAAAAGAUAACUUUUACCAACAUAAUAUGGAAAAAUUAGAAAAUGUUUCUCAGCUAAGUCUUGAUAAAUCACCUGUUGAGAAAAGUACACAAUAUUUGAAUCAGCAUCAAACUGCAGCUAUGUGUAAGUGGCAAAAUGAAGGGAAACAUACAGAGAGGCUUUUAGAAAGUGAACCUUCGACAGUUACUCUGGUACCAGAGCGAUUCAGUAAUGCUAACGUUGAUCAGUCAUCCCGAAAUGAUGAUCACAGCGACACAGAUAGUGAGGGAAGUAGAGAUAACCAACAAUUUUUGACACCUGUAAAGUUAACAAAUAAAAAGCAGACCACAGAAGGUGAACAGACCAGAGAAGCCAGAAGCCACCAGAAGUGCAGCAAGUCUUGCCAUCCUAUAGAAGACUGUGCAGUUUGUCAGCAGGAAGAGGUAGAUGUGGUGCCAGAGAGUCCCUUGUCAGAUGUCGGCUCUGAGGAUGUUGGUACUGAACUGAAAAAUGCCAACAAACUGAGUAGACAAGAGAGUAGUUUAGGAAAUUCUCCUCCCUUUGAGAAAGAAAGUGAACCUGAGUCACCAAUGGACGUGGAUAAUUCCAAAAAUAGUUGUCAGGACUCAGAAGCAGAUGAAGAGACAAGUCCAGGUUUUGAUGAACAAGAAGAUAGCAAUUCCUCCCAAACAGCAAGUAAACCUUCAAGGUUCCAAGCAAGAGAAGCUGACACUGAAUUGAGGAAACGGUCCUCUUCUAAAGAAGGUGAAAUUCGAUUACAUUUUCAAUUUGAAGGAGGAGAGACUCGGAGUGGAAUGAAUGAUUUAAAUGCCAGACCACCUGGAAGUAAUUCUGGCCUGAAUGUAGAAUGUAGAAAUUCAAAGCAACAUGGGAAAAAGGAUUCUAAAAUCACAGAUCAUUUCAUGAGAAUGCCCAAAGCAGAGGACAAAAGAAAAGAACAGUGUGAAAUCAAGCAUCAAAGAACAGAAAGGAAGAUACCUAAAUACAUUCCACCUCACCUUUCUCCAGAUAAGAAAUGGCUUGGAACUCCUAUUGAGGAGAUGAGAAGACUGCCUAGAUGUGGGAUCCGGCUCCCUCUCUUGAGACCAUCUGCUAAUCACACAGUAACUAUUCGGGUAGACCUUUUGCGAGCAGGAGAAGUUCCUAAACCUUUCCCAACACAUUUUAAAGAUUUGUGGGACAACAAGCAUGUUAAGAUGCCUUGUUCAGAACAAAACUUGUACCCUGUGGAAGAUGAAAAUGGUGAGCGAACUGCAGGGAGCCGGUGGGAGCUCAUUCAGACUGCACUUCUCAACAAAUUCACACGACCCCAAAACCUGAAGGAUGCUAUUCUGAAAUACAAUGUGGCAUAUUCUAAGAAAUGGGACUUUACAGCUUUGGUUGAUUUCUGGGAUAAGGUACUUGAAGAAGCAGAAGCUCAACAUUUAUAUCAGUCCAUUUUGCCUGAUAUGGUGAAAAUUGCACUCUGUCUGCCCAAUAUUUGCACCCAGCCAAUACCGCUCCUGAAACAGAAGAUGAAUCAUUCCAUCACAAUGUCACAGGAACAGAUUGCCAGUCUUUUAGCUAAUGCUUUCUUCUGCACAUUUCCACGGCGAAAUGCUAAGAUGAAAUCUGAGUAUUCUAGCUACCCAGACAUUAACUUCAAUCGGUUGUUUGAAGGACGUUCAUCAAGGAAACCAGAGAAGCUUAAAACACUCUUCUGCUACUUUAGAAGAGUCACAGAGAAAAAACCUACUGGCUUGGUGACAUUUACAAGACAGAGUCUUGAAGAUUUUCCAGAGUGGGAAAGAUGUGACAAACCCCUGACUCGAUUGCAUGUCACUUAUGAAGGUACCAUAGAAGGAAAUGGCCAAGGCAUGCUACAGGUGGAUUUUGCAAACCGUUUUGUUGGAGGUGGUGUAACCGGUGCAGGACUUGUGCAAGAAGAAAUCCGCUUUUUAAUCAACCCCGAGUUAAUUGUUUCACGGCUCUUCACUGAGGUGCUGGAUCACAAUGAAUGUCUUAUCAUUACAGGUACGGAACAGUACAGUGAAUACACAGGCUAUGCUGAAACGUAUCGUUGGGCCCGAAGCCAUGAAGAUGGGAGUGAAAGGGAUGCCUGGCAGCGGCGUGGCACUGAAAUCGUCGCCAUCGAUGCCCUUCACUUCAGACGCUACCUCGACCAGUUUGUGCCUGAGAAAAUCAGACGAGAGCUUAACAAGGCUUACUGUGGAUUUCUCCGUCCUGGAGUUUCUUCAGAGAAUCUUUCUGCAGUGGCCACGGGAAACUGGGGCUGUGGUGCCUUUGGUGGUGACGCUAGAUUAAAAGCCUUAAUACAGAUACUGGCAGCUGCUGUAGCUGAGCGUGAUGUGGUUUAUUUCACCUUUGGGGACUCAGAAUUGAUGAGAGACAUUUACAGCAUGCACACUUUCCUUACUGAAAGGAAACUAACUGUUGGAGAAGUAUUUAAGCUGUUGCUCCGGUAUUACAAUGAAGAAUGCAGAAACUGUUCCACCCCCGGACCAGACAUCAAACUUUAUCCAUUCAUAUACCAUGCUGUUGAGUCCUGUGCAGAGACCACCAACCAGCCAGGACAAAGGACCGGGGCCUGAGGAGCUGAGUAAAUAGAACCUCCUUCCACCUCUCACCAGAAGCGUCCUGUUGGACUUGUCAGGUGUAAUAUACAAAUUGACUUAACUUAAUAUAAAUGUGUAUAUAAUCCAGUUUGUGGGCAAGGAUGCAAUCCCUUCCACACACCGGCACUUGUCAGUUUGUACAUGUAAGCCCCCUCCAUCCUCACAUACACAGGCUUAAAUAUAUUUUGUUUGCCUUUUUUUCUAUUUCAGUCUUCAUCCUUCAGUUUUUCUUUCCUUGCCCCUCAGAUUUUCUGUGAAAUCCCAUGAAGGGUUAUGCUCAGCCUGUCAGGUCUUUUUUUUGAUGCCUGUAUAUUAUGCACAUUGCCUCUGCAGCUAGCAGAUGCCAGGGAAGAAGUUGAAAACCAAGAAGUUUUUAACUGGGUUUGCUAAAGAUUUCCCUGUAAGCCUUUCACCCCCAACCCUUGUUACGAUUGUGUUUGAGUUUUUGAAUUUUGAAAAUGAAGAGUUGAGGAUUUUUUUCAUACAUGUUACGUAAUACACAUCCCCUAGGUUAAAACAAUUUUGUAAUUCAGACAGAAUAAUAUCCAGAUACAGUUCUUUUGCAACAUCACCUUGAUCUACAGUGGUUUGUCAGUCCUUUCUUCCCUGAUCAAUUUUUAUUAAUACCGUUUUUGGAAACUGACUAAGAUGGAAGGAAAUGUACAAUAAAAGAGUUUCCCAAAUGGUGUUUUAAAAAAAAGAAAAGAUACCAGAGAGUUGCAGGAUUUUUCUUUUCUUGAGUAUUUUUUUCUUUUCAAAUUAAAAUUAUUGUUUGUUCUAUGGUGCUUGAGGCAUAUUCAUAUAACCAAAGUUUAGGAACUGGGAACUUACGCUGAUUUGUACAUAUUGAAGUUUCUCUUGUAUUCAAAGGUUAUAGUUAAUAAAUUUCCAUUAACAAAUCAUUUCUCAGAAACUCCCAUAUCAUCCAUAUUUUAUAUAUAAAUAUAAACAUAUGUUCUUUUAAGUGUGUCUGUGUGCAAGCACAUAAAAUCAAAUAAAACUAGGAGUUAUGGAAAA